AGUCCAUGCCGACAAUUUAGUCCGAGACUUGAUUUUCAAUGUCGGAGCACUAGGCCACAUAUAGAUUAGCACUCCGGUCAACACCCCGAUCGAUUGAAUCCAUGGGUACAUAUACUAAUAUCAACUGAUACAAAGGUCAUCACAUUUAUUUCUCAUGCAAAGCCUUCCAAUAUUUGCCCUAUUGACAGUCAAACCUAGACAUGACCGACAGAGUUCGCCGCAAUGGACAGCCUUCGUCGUGUGAGCCUUGCCGACGGUCGAAGCUUCGUUGCGAUCAUGCAAGGCCACAUUGUACUCGUUGCGUGCGCCGCAACUUUACACGACAGUGCUUUUACCACCCAUCGCCGAUGACACGAAGUGCAGACUCCUAUACUGAAGCGUUGCUUACACCGCAAAGCGCGAGACAAAUUGACACUGCCACUACCCCCUCAGUGUGCGCAUCAUUUAUGCCGGCUGAAAACCCAUCAGUGGCCGACUAUGACCGCGGGACUGGCCUGGUAACCAUGCAUAAUCCUUUGAUGCCGUUCGCAGACUCCAAUGGCAGCCACCCGCACCGCACGUUCGCAUACUUGACUCGAACAAGCGUAUUCACACCUAAACGAACCUACCCGGUGACACCAGCUGCGAUUUCAGAAGGAGUGGAGGUUCUGCGAUCCCUUCUUGAAUUCAACGCGGACUUCUCUGAAAUUAUCAGGGACCAGGACGAGAACGAUAUAGGUGAACCAUGUGGCUCACUCUUUUUCAAAGCAGCAUGGAAAGCGACACAAAGUACCCUACAAGAGCUAGGGACUCGACCCCCUUUGGAUCAGCUAACAAGCACAGCUAUAGCAAUCUUUGAACAGACUGCGUGCCCGCUCGAGUUGCCUAUAUCGGCGGAGAAUGGUGCUCUCGAGCUGGCCCUUUCAGGGCAUCGCUUACGCUGGGAGACCAUUGGCAUGUGUUUCAUACGCAUUGGGUUAUUCAGCGCAACUGUGAGAACCAAUGGCCAAGUCUUCUAUGGCCGUGGACCGUCAAAUUUCGACCGCCAAAGAACUAUGCUUAUCGCGUUCAACGCUUGCAUGCAAACACUGGCAUUCUGCGAUCAGGUCGAGCAGACGAACGACUUAACGUUAUGGUUAUUGACAUCGCUAUUGAUCCAUGCCACCUGGUGCUUUGGGGACGAUUCUUCCCGUGCUUGGCGCUUAAUGGGCGACUUAGCAUCAGCUAUUGCCGCUCUUGGCUUCCAUAAAGGGUUCAAACGUGGAGAAUCAGGACCCCCAUAUUUGGUAGAGCUUCGCAAAAGAGUCAUAGCUCUUGCCCAUGAGCGUGACAAGGAGCUUGCGACCUUUGUUGGUCGGCCGCCCCGUCUUAGUCGAAGGUAUUAUGUAGUAGACCUACCACUUGACUUGCCAGAUGCAAUUAUUGCAGGCCCCGUCGAGCAUUUCGAAGCUGCUAGAGCCGAACUUGAUGAGAAUGGCUGGAGUGGAGAUGUUAUGGUUAAUCCAGUUUCACGUCUUCGAGCCAUUCUACUACUAAGUAUGAUCCGCGAAGAGGUCUUAGAGCUAUCACUUGGUCCACCAAUGCCGAAUAUCGCCCAACAAGCUAGACAAAUAUUAUCGAAAUUAAAUUCUACUUGGGAAUCAAUCCCUCACAAGCAAUACGAACAGUCAAUGUUUGACACUAUGCUACCGAGUGCUAUCUGGGUGGUUAUAGGACCUCGACUUGAAUAUCUUUAUUCCAAGUUCCUCCUCCAUAAGCUGCUUAUUAGUCAAAACGAGGGCAAUCGCGAUAAGAUGAUCUGGACGUCGCACGAAAUUCUUCAUUUAGCGCUGUCGCUUUUGAAGAAGAACGAUGUGAUAGCUACGCCAAAUCUGGAAGGGACAAUGGUGUUUUACGCAAUGCCAUGCGCGAGCGUUCUUAUCUUAGAGCUAUUUCGACAGAAUCGCCAGCCUCAUCGGUCUGCGACGCUCAAUCGGUCGACUUUAAUUCAAGACAUAAGCGUACUCAUCUCGUGCUGUGACUCGCUAGCCAUAUCUGGACAGAGCAACUAUCAGAUCUGUAAACAAGCGCAGAUAGUUUUCUCGCGAUGCUUAGACCAAAUUUUGAAUCAGACUGCAACGUCUUCUCACGACUUAACGAGCGAGCCUGGAGGAACAGAAGUACAAGAACCUUUCUCUUUAGGUUCGAUGGACUUCGGUCUAACGGAACUGUAUCGCCAAGACCCAGAAUGGUCCAUGUGGCUCGAGUCUUUCGACUUAUAUGAAACAUGAUGAUGACAUGGUCACCUGAUCUAGCACCGUUAGAUAGUUCGAGAUAGCUUUCUUUCUCUCUUCUUCCCCCGAGGGUGUCAGCGACAUAGAUGUUCAAACAGUCAAUAGAUAGAUGUAGAUUAUGUGGAAGCUACAUGAGAAGUUUUGUAUGGUAUUUUGUACCUUCUAUUGGACCGCGAUAGGCCACCAGUGAUUGUUUUAUAUGGCCGGGAAGUUUUAAUUUUCAAUUUCCCCUGCCUCAUUUGUAGCCUUCCUUCCCAAUAUCAUUCAC